CUUCCAAGUCGUACGGUACCUGGCGUGGCAGGGCAUGCCGGACAGGCGCGGUCAGAACAAGCACAGGCUGCGAGAGUGUUUGAAUCGACUGCUGGUCAGACGACAUGUCCAUUCUGACGUAUUGCUUGAGCAAUGCUGCUACACGUUGCUGUGCGGUGCGACGCGUGAAACGCUGCGGAAGUCGCAGGGCGACCCGUGUCCGCCUGUUGCGCGCAUUCCGAAUAUUCCGCGAUGCCCCAUCAAUGCGCGGACCCUUUCAAUUCGGAAUCACCUCUUAUAUAAACCGAUGGCCAUUUAUUCCCAAAUCUCACUGCUCAAAUAGACUAUCCCGUUGUGCAGGGCACUCCAGACUCUCGGAUGACACAAGAUGACAAGCUUGUCGUGCCCGAGUCAUCAAGAACAAAGCCCGGCGAGGCUGGCGAGACAGGCUCAAUUCGGCCGCUGCCAGAGCUAGACUUUUGCUGGCAAGAUGUCUGCUUCACCAAGUCGGGCAAGAAAGCUCCAGUCCAGAUCCUCAAGGAUGUCUCUGGACGCGUCAGAUCAGGCGAGAUGCUUGCUAUCAUGGGACCCAGUGGUGCCGGCAAGACCAGUUUACUCGAUUGCCUGGCUGGACGCGCCAAUGGACAGACUACUGGCAAGAUCAUGCUCAAUGGGCAUACCUCGUACGAUAGAGCACAGCUCACGACCUACGUCGAACAAGACGAUGCGUUGCUAGGCGUCUUGACCGUCGCAGAGACUUGUUCUUUCGCCGCUCGAUUGGCUUCACCGAGCCCGAUUGGCAAACAUGAGUUGGAUAGACUCAUCAGCGACACCCUUGCCUCUGUCGGGCUUUCCCAUGUCGCUGGCAACCAGAUCGGCACGCCCAUCCAGCGAGGUCUGUCCGGUGGACAGAAACGUCGCACCACGCUUGCUGCAAGCAUGGUAACGCGUCCUGCCGUGCUCUUCCUCGAUGAGCCCACUUCGGGCCUCGACAGCACGUCGAGCAGCGAGGUACUCCAGGCUGUGAGACGUGCUUGUCGUGCUCAGGGCACAAUCGUCAUCGCCACGAUCCACCAGCCCUCGUGGGAAUCGCUCUCGCUCUUUGACAAUCUCCUGCUACUCUCGUCGGGCAAGACGAUGUACAACGGUGAAGUGUCUGGAUUGCCCGAUUAUCUUGCUGAGCUCGGUCAUUCGCUGCCUCCGUACGCCAACCCUGUCGAUCUGGCAAUGGACCUCAUCAAUACUGACUUUGGCACCGAGGAUCGCAAUGCGGCGAUCGCCAUGACGCAGCUAUCUCAGUCACGCAAAAUUGCUCACGAGGAGGUGCCCGUAACGGCCUUGCCCGAGACAACUCAUGGCCACCGUCAGACGUAUCUCUGUCAGCCGUUGAGAACGACAGGCCUGCUCAUGCAGCGUCAGAUGGUCAAUUAUUCGCGCAACAUCCUCGCAUACGGCAUUCGACUUGCCAUGUUCGCUGGCAUGGGCGCUAUGCUCGCUCUCAUCUGGAUCCGACUCGGUACAGACAGUGGCAAGAUUCAGGACCGACUCUCGGUCUCCUUCUUUAGUGUCGCUUUCCUGUCGUUCAUGUCUGUCAGUGGUGUGCCUAGCUUUCUCGAGGAACGAUCGGUCUUCAUGCGCGAAAGAGGCAAUGGCCUGUACAAAUCAUCCCACUUUGUCCUUGCGACUUCGAUCGUGACAAUCCCUUUCAUCUUUGCUUGCUCGCUUUUAUUCACCAUUAUCAUCUAUUUCUCCAUCGGACUCCACCCUGGCGCCGGUCACUUCUUCCAGUGGUUUGCUCUUCUCUUUCUUGCCAUCUAUGUCGCCGAAAGUCAGGUCUUGAUCAUCAGUGCAGCCUUUCCGAUCUUCGUUGUCGCUCUGGCACUGUCGGCCUUUCUCAACGGCUUUUGGAUGGCAGUCCAAGGCUACUUCAUUCUGGCGAAGAAUCUGCCCAGGUUUUGGUACUACUCUUUCCAUUUCAUGGACUACGAAAACUUUGCCUUUUCGGCAAUGGUCAAGAGCGAUCUCGAAGGCGUAACGUUUACCUGUCCCGGCUCAAUCGCGGACGGAAGCUGUCUCUGUCCGUAUCCAUCCUCGCUCAUUCCUCUCGGGCAAUGUGCAGUCUCGGGCGAUGAUGUGCUCAAAUCACUGCAACUCGAUGGUAUCUCCAUCAGGUUCUACGCUGCCGUUCUUGUCAUCAUCAUCGUCAUCUACCGUCUACUAUUCUGGGGUGCGCUGGCGCUACGACGCCGUUGAUCGUCCUGCCAGACGCAGCCAUCUGCUCAUACUUGGUGGUCAGCUUACCGCUGCAGCAUGUAGAAUAGCACCCCUGUAUCAGGCUCAGAGCGUAUACAAUGUUGUGACAGACUUGUACCCCUCUCAUAUAUGUCGACACGAUGCGAUA